AAAAAACAAUUUUUGUCAACAAAGCAUGUCGCUUAUUAAAAAUUUGGUAAAGGAAACGGAGAACAAGCCGAAGAAGAAAAAGAAAGAUGCUGGAUCCGGGGACAGCGAUUCUGAUGGCAAGGGAGGGCCACUGCGACCAUUUGUCAAAACGGCCACCGAUCUGCAGAGGCUAAAAUUAGAAAAACUGAUGAAGCAUCCUGAGAAGCCAGUAAUCAUACCAGAGGCACGUCGCGAACGGGACUACAAUGCGUCGGUGCCAACAUUUGUGCGAAACGUAAUGGGCAGCAGUGCUGGAGCUGGAUCCGGGGAGUUCCAUGUUUAUCGGCAUUUACGUAGGAAGGAAUAUGCCCGCCAGAAAAAUAUACAGCAUCAAAGCGCUCGCGAGGCUGCAGACGAUGCAUUCCAACAGAAAAUAGAUGACAACCGACGAUUGGCAGAGGAGCGUACAGCCAAAAAAAGAGCAAAGAGGCUCAAGAAGAAACAGCGCGCAAAAAAGCCACGAGAACAAAAGACGGACGUAGUAAAACCGGAAUCGGAGUCAAGUGGAAGUGCGUCGGAAGAUGAAAAUGUUGAGCAGAAGCCAGAUACUGUAGAUCCAAAGCCAGAGAGCCCAGAUUCGCAGAAAGAGACGGCAGAUCCAAAGUCAGAAAUCAACGGUCCUGAACCACUAGAGACAUCGGAUCUCUUUGAUGCUUCUGCCCCUGCGAAAAAUGAAACCUGAUUAGAUAUCUCCAAUCUAAGAACUUCUGUGCGAAGAAAUACAUCUAGUUUAUUAAAACAAAA